GCGGCCUGAGGGAGAUCCCAGCGCAGCCUGCGGGCCUGCAGUGUGAAACCCGGCGGUGGGCAGGAGCUGCCCCCGGCCUGCAGGCCCUGUGGGGGUCACAGGCCCAACUUGGGGACAAAUUGGGCUCCAGCACGGGGCUGUGGCCCUUUGGGUUGGCUUUGGGUUCAUCUUGGGACGCCAGCGGGCUCGGAGAUGAUGGGUGGUGAAUGUUGCUGGCAGCCGUGCUCCCGAUGAUCUUUGCACUGCUCAUCUUGACCAAGAUGUCCGCCUUAAACGCCAGAAAUGAGGACGAGACCCCUGAGCAGAGCCCGGCCCCACAGCCCACCCCAGAGCUGGCAGCCUCCCCAAACCCCGCAGCCCCCAGCCCCCCAUUGCAGCCCACCUUGGGGGGGGAGCAGGAGCAGAUUGCAGUGUACAACCCCACCGCGCUCCGCCGGCCCACCCUGGCCAAGUUCGUGCUGGGCUCCUUUGAGGACAACUCCUCUGAUGAUGAGGUGGUAGCUGCAGCUUUCAGGGUGAGCAGCCGCCGCAGCAGCCUGGCCAAUGCAGGUGCUGAGCCCCCUGCCACACCUGCUCCACAGGAACCCGCUGUUGGCAUAAGGCCUAGCAUGUCUGGGCUGAACCUGACGAAGCGCGGCCGCGAGCACCGCAAGAUGGACCUGCAGAGGGACUUCACCGUCGCCUCACCUGCUGAGUUCAUCGCCCGCUUCGGGGGGACCCGCGUCAUUGAGAAGGUCCUGAUUGCCAACAAUGGCAUCGCUGCUGUUAAAUGCAUGCGCUCCAUUCGCCGCUGGGCUUAUGAGAUGUUCCGAAACGAGCGCGCCAUUCGGUUUGUGGUCAUGGUCACCCCUGAAGAUCUCAAGGCUAACGCAGAGUACAUCAGAAUGGCAGAUCACUACGUGCCCGUCCCCGGAGGGGCCAACAACAACAACUAUGCCAACGUGGAGCUGAUUGUGGACAUUUCCAAACGGAUCCCAGUCCAGGCGGUGUGGGCUGGCUGGGGACAUGCCUCGGAAAACCCCAAGUUGCCAGAGCUGCUGCAGAAAAAUGGGAUAGCUUUCCUAGGUCCCCCCAGUGAUGCCAUGUGGGCACUGGGGGAUAAAGUUGCCUCCACCAUCGUGGCUCAGACGGUCCAGAUACCAACGCUGCCAUGGAGUGGGAGUGGUCUGGUGGCCCAGUGGUCUGAGGAGGACCAGAAGGGCCAGCAGAUGAUCAGCAUUCCCCUUGAGACGUAUGGGCAGGGCUGCGUGAAGGAUGUGGAAGAAGGCCUGGAGGUGGCCAAGAGGAUCGGGUACCCGCUGAUGAUCAAGGCAGCAGAAGGUGGUGGGGGCAAAGGCAUCCGCAAAGUGGAGGCAGCAGAGGAGUUUGGAGCCUGCUUCCGACAGGUGCAGGCAGAGGCACCUGGGUCCCCCAUCUUCCUGAUGAAGCUGGCCCAGCAUGCACGGCACCUGGAGGUGCAGGUGCUGGCUGAUGAGUAUGGCAAUGCCAUCUCCCUCUUUGGCCGUGACUGUUCCAUCCAGCGCCGGCACCAGAAGAUCAUCGAGGAGGCACCCAUCACCAUUGCUGCUCCUGCUGUCAUCGAGGUGAUGGAGAAGUGCGCGGUACGCCUGGCGCAGAUGGUGGGCUACGUGAGCACGGGCACUGUCGAGUACCUCUACAGUGAAGAUGGGAGCUUCCACUUCCUCGAGCUGAACCCACGCCUGCAGGUCGAGCACCCUUGCACGGAGAUGAUCGCAGAUGUGAACCUCCCUGCUGCCCAGCUCCAGAUUGCGAUGGGCAUCCCCUUGCACAGGAUAAAAGACAUCCGAAUGCUGUAUGGGGAGAGCCCAUGGGGCGAUACUCCCAUCUGCUUCAACAGCCCUGCCAACCCCCCUGUGCCCAGGGGCCACGUCAUUGCUGCACGCAUCACCAGUGAGAACCCUGAGGAGGGUUUCAAGCCCAGCUCAGGGACGGUGCAGGAACUGAAUUUCCGCAGCAGCAAGAAUGUCUGGGGGUACUUCAGUGUGGCAGCUGCUGGGGGGCUGCACGAAUUUGCUGAUUCCCAGUUUGGGCACUGCUUCUCGUGGGGAGAGAACAGAGAGGAGGCCAUCUCGAAUAUGGUGGUGGCCCUAAAAGAGCUCUCCAUCCGUGGGGAUUUCCGGACCACGGUGGAAUAUCUGAUAAAGCUUUUGGAGACGGAGAGCUUCCAGAGCAAUGAGAUCGACACCGGCUGGCUGGACCAUCUGAUUGCUGAGAAAGUGCAGGCAGAGAAGCCGGACACGAUGCUGGGUGUUGUCUGUGGUGCUCUGAACGUCGCAGAUGCUGCCUUCAGGACGUGCAUGACUGACUUCCUACACUCACUGGAGAGGGGCCAGGUGCUGCCAGCAGCCUCCUUGCUGAACAUUAUUGAUGUGGAGCUCAUCUACGAGGGCACAAAAUACAUUCUUCAGGUUGCCCGGCAGUCCUUGACCACGUAUGUCAUCAUCAUGAACCACACUCACAUCGAGAUAGACGUGCACCGGCUGACCGACGGCGGGCUGCUGCUCUCCUACGAUGGCAACAGCUACACCACCUACAUGAAGGAGGAGAUCGACAGGUACCGGAUCACGAUUGGCAACAAAACGUGUGACUUUGAAAAGGAGAAGGACCCGACGGUGCUGCGCUCCCCAUCUGCGGGGAAGCUGCUGCAGUACACAGUGGAUGAUGGAGGCCACGUUGCUGAGGGGAGUGUUUUUGCAGAGAUCGAGGUGAUGAAGAUCAUCAUGACGCUGACGGUGGAGGAGGCGGGCAGGGUGCACUACGUGAAGCGGCCGGGUGCGCUGCUGGAGGCAGGCUGUGUCAUUGCACAGCUCGAGCUGGAUGACCCCACCAAAGUGAAGCCUGCACAGCCAUUCACAGGGGGGCUCCCAGCACAGCAGACCCUCCCCAUUACUGGUGAGAAGCAGCACCAGGUUCUCCGCAAUGUGCUGGACAACCUCACCAAUGUCAUGAAUGGGUACUGCCUGCCCGAACCCUAUUUCAGCUCCAAGGUGAAGGAAUGGGUGGCGCAGCUGAUGAAGACCCUGCGGGACCCCUCCCUGCCCCUCCUGGAGCUGCAGGAAAUCAUGACGAGCAUUUCAGGAAGAAUCCCUCUCUCGGUGGAGAAGUCAAUCCGCAAAGUGAUGGCUCAGUAUGCCAGCAACAUCACCUCCGUGCUCUGCCGCUUCCCCAGCCAGCAGAUAGCCAAUGUGCUGGACACCCACGCAGCCACACUGCAGAGGAAGGCUGAGAGGGAGGUGUUCUUCAUGAACACGCAGAGUGUGGUGCAGCUGGUGCAGAGGUACCGUAGUGGCAUCCGUGGCUACAUGAAGGCGGUGGUGCUGGACCUGCUGAGACGCUACCUGCAAGUGGAGAUGCAGUUCCAGCAAGCUCACUAUGACAAGUGUGUCAUCAGUCUGCGGGAGCAGUACAAACCCGACAUGACCCCAGUGCUGGAGAGCAUCUUUUCCCAUGCCCAGGUGGCAAAGAAGAACCUGCUGGUGACCAUGUUAAUCGACCAGCUGUGCGGCCGGGAACCCACGCUGACAGAUGAGCUGACAGCCAUCCUGAACGAGCUGACGCAGCUCAGUAAGACAGAACACUCCAAAGUGGCACUGAGAGCCCGGCAGGUUCUCAUUGCCUCUCACCUGCCCUCCUAUGAGCUGCGGCACAACCAGGUGGAGUCCAUAUUCCUCUCUGCUAUCGACAUGUAUGGACACGAGUUCUGCCCUGAAAACCUGAAGAAACUGAUCCUGUCAGAAACCACCAUCUUCGACGUGCUUCCGUUCUUCUUCUACCAUGACAACCAGGUUGUGCGCAUGGCAGCGCUGGAGGUGUACGUGAGACGUGGGUAUAUUGCCUAUGAGCUGAACAGCCUGCAGCAUCGGCAGCUCUCGGACGGCACCUGCCUGGUGGAGUUCCAGUUCAUGCUGCCCUUCUCCCACCCAAAUAGCCACCUCUCUACCCCACGCAGGAUGUCUGUCCCCAUCAGCAUCUCCAACCCCGACUUGGCUCGGCACAGCACUGAGCUCUUCAUGGACAGUGGCUUUUCCCCCCUGAGCCAACGGAUGGGAGCCAUGGUGGCCUUCAACAAAUUUGAGGACUUCACGAGGAACUUUGAUGAAGUGAUCUCCUGCUUUGCUGAGCCACCUUUGGAGAGCUCCCUCUUCAGCGAGGCACGAGCCACCAUCUAUGGGGAGGAGGACGCCAAGAACGUCCGUGAGGAACCAAUCCACAUCCUCAACAUCGCGCUCCGCCGGGCGGACCAUGCCGAGGAUGAGAAGCUGGUGCCCAUCUUCAGAGCCUUUGCCCAGUCCAAGAAAAACAUCCUCGUUGACUGCGGGCUCCGAAGAAUCACGUUUCUCAUUGCCCAGCAGAGAGAAUUCCCAAAGUUUUUCACGUUCAGAGCCAGGGAUGAGUUUGCAGAGGACCGCAUCUACCGGCACCUGGAGCCGGCGCUGGCCUUCCAGCUGGAGCUGAGCCGCAUGCGCAACUUUGACCUCACAGCCAUCCCCUGUGCCAACCACAAGAUGCACCUCUACCUCGGGGCAGCCAAGGUGCAGGCGGGCACCGAGGCCACCGACUAUCGCUUCUUCAUCCGUGCCAUUGUGCGGCACUCAGACCUCAUCACCAAGGAGGCCUCCUUUGAGUACCUGCAGAACGAGGGUGAGCGCCUGCUCCUGGAGGCGAUGGAUGAGCUGGAGGUGGCCUUCAACAACACCAGCGUUCGCACCGACUGCAACCACAUCUUCCUCAACUUUGUCCCCACCGUUGUCAUGGACCCCUCCAAGAUCGAGGAGUCGGUACGGGCCAUGGUGAUGCGCUACGGCAGCCGCCUCUGGAAGCUGCGGGUCCUGCAGGCCGAGGUGAAGAUCAACAUCCGUCUGACGCCCACCGCCACGGCCAUCCCCAUCCGCCUCUCCCUGACCAACGAGUCUGGCUACUACCUGGACAUCAGCCUCUACAAGGAAGUGAGGGACCCCAGCACCGGCAACAUCAUGUUCCAGUCGUAUGGGGACAAGCAAGGGGCGCAGCAUGGCAUGCUCAUCAAUACCCCCUAUGUCACCAAGGACCUGCUCCAGGCCAAGCGCUUCCAGGCACAGUCCUUGGGCACCACCUACGUGUAUGACUUCCCGGAGAUGAUCAGGCAGGCUCUCUUCAAGCUGUGGGGCUCCUCAGAGCUGCAUCCCAAGGAUGUCCUGACAUACACAGAGCUGGUGCUGGACUCGCAGGGACAGCUGGUGCAGAUGAACAGGCUCCCUGGAGGGAAUGAGGUGGGGAUGGUUGCCUUCAAAAUGAAGCUGAAGACCCCUGAGUACCCAAAGGGCCGGGACAUCAUGCUCAUCUGCAACGACAUCACACACAUGAUUGGCUCCUUUGGGCCAGAGGAGGACCUGGUGUUCCUGCGAGCCUCGGAGCUGGCACGGGCUGAAGGCAUCCCACGUGUCUACAUUGCUGCCAACAGCGGUGCGCGUAUCGGCUUUGCAGAUGAGAUAAAGCACAUGUUCCAGGUGGCCUGGGUGGACCCUGAGGACCCCUACAAGGGGUUCAAGUACCUGUACCUGACCCCCCAGGACUACACGAGGAUCAGUGCCAUGAACUCCGUGCACUGUGAGCACGUGGAGGAAGGGGGUGAGUCCAGGUACGUCCUAUUGGACAUCAUUGGGAAGGAUCAUGGUUUUGGGGUGGAAAACCUGCGAGCUGCUGGCACCAUCGCUGGAGAGUCCAGUCGUGCUUAUGAUGAAAUAGUGACCAUCAGCAUGGUGACGUGUCGUGCCAUUGGGAUCGGUGCGUACCUGGUGAGGCUGGGCCAGCGUGUCAUCCAGGUGGAGAACUCCCACAUCAUCCUCACUGGGGUCACAGCUCUCAAUAAGGUGUUGGGGCGUGAAGUUUACACAUCCAAUAACCAGCUGGGAGGUGUGCAGGUCAUGCACAACAAUGGUAUUUCCCACAUCACUGUCCCAGAUGACUUUGAAGGAGUCUACACCAUCCUGCAGUGGCUCUCCUACAUGCCCAAGGAUAACCGGAGCCCGGUGCCUGUCAUUGCCAUAAGUGACCCCAUCGAAAGAGAGAUCGAUUUUGUCCCUUCCAAAGUCCCCUAUGACCCACGGUGGAUGCUGGCAGGGAGACCCCAUCCAACUCUCAAGGGGACGUGGCAGAGUGGUUUCUUUGACCAGGGAAGCUUCCUGGAGAUCAUGAAGCCGUGGGCUCAGACGGUUGUGGUUGGCAGAGCGAGGUUGGGAGGUCUCCCUGUGGGCGUCAUUGCUGUCGAGACCCGCACUGUGGAGGUGACAAUACCUGCAGACCCUGCCAACCCUGACUCGGAGGCGAAGAUAAUCCAGCAGGCAGGACAGGUCUGGUUUCCAGACUCUGCUUUCAAAACAGCCCAGGCCAUUCGGGACUUCAACCGUGAGCACCUCCCACUGAUGAUCUUUGCCAACUGGAGGGGUUUCUCCAGCGGCAUGAAAGACAUGUAUGACCAAAUGCUGAAGUUCGGUGCCUUCAUCGUCGAUAGCCUGCGGGAUUUUAAGCAGCCCGUCCUGGUGUACAUCCCGCCCCACGCCGAGCUGCGGGGAGGCUCCUGGGUGGUCAUGGACCCCACCAUCAACCCCCUGUAUGUGGAGCUCUACGCGGACAAGGAGAGCAGAUCGGUCCCUGCUUUACCAAACUUUCCUCCCAGGGGCGGCAUUCUGGAGCCCGGGGGAACAGUGGAGAUCAAGUUCAGGAAGAAAGAUUUGGUGAAGACCAUGAGAAGGAUCGAUAAGGUUUAUGCCAAGCUUGUGGAGCAGCUGGGGACACCUGAACUGUCUGAGGGGCAGCGCAAGGAGCUGGAGAAGCAGCUCAAGGCCCGGGAGGAGCUCCUGCUGCCCAUAUAUUACCAGGUGGCCGUGCACUUUGCUGACCUACACGAUACCCCCGGCCGCAUGCAGGAGAAAGGCGUCAUCACGGACAUCCUGGAGUGGAAGAACGCCCGCUCAUUCCUCUACUGGCGGCUGCGACGGCUGCUGCUGGAAGAGGUGGUGAAGCUGGAGAUCCUGAAAGCCAACAGCGAGCUGAGCCACAUCCACAUCCAGUCCAUGCUGAGGCGUUGGUUUAUGGAGACAGAAGGAGCUGAGAAAGGAUACCUCUGGGACAACAACCAGGUGGUGGUGGAGUGGCUGGAGAAACACAUGCAGGAGGAUGAUGGCAGCAAGUCAGCCAUCCGGGAGAACAUCAAGUACCUGAAAAGGGACUACGUGCUCAAGCGCAUCCGGAGCCUGGUCCAAGCUAACCCCGAGGUGGCCAUGGACUGCAUCAUCCAGAUGGCUCAGCACAUCACCCGCGCGCAGAAGGCUCAGGUUGCCCAUCUCCUGUCGACGGUGGACAGUGAGAGCCCAUCCUGAGCCAGCAGGAGGAGCAGUGGUUCCUCUUCCCUCCAGCUGAAGCCUUGAGCUCUCCCUUUGUGCCUAAAUAAAGGAUGCCAGUGUCUGUACCUUAAGCUAUGAAGACGCUCUCUCCAUCUGGUGCUGGGUUUGGCAGAGAUAAACUUGCUCCGAGCCAAAGCUGGAGGCUGGACCUGGUGCGGAAGCUGAUGUUUAAAAGAAUUGAACAACUUCUACUGUGUUUUAGUUGCAAGCCCUGGCCUUAAUCUUUUAAACAAGCACCAGGGUCAGACGCUCUGCACAAGACUAGCUGGAGCUGGACAAAGGGAGAGGUCUCCGUAUGGCUGUGUUGGGACUGACCAUGCACUGGCACAAGGAAAUGUAAAUACUGCUGAGGAAGGAUCAGCCUCAAACCGAUGCUUUAAAACAAACUCAGGAACUGCAAGGAGCCAUUUGUCCCCAUCCUUCCCUGCGCUGGGGAGUGAUGUGUAGAUGUGACCACAAAAAGCUGGUGGCCAGAAAAGACAUCCCAAGCUGUUCUGGGACUGGCUGCAGUGGGGGGUAUCAGUGGGAUAUCAGCUGACUGUGUGCUUUGCAGUGCCUCUGACUGUGUAACUCCAUUGCAGGAGCAUCACACUGGGCUUAGCUUUGGCUCCGUGUGGGGAGCAGAGUGGCAGUGCAAGGGGGGACAGCUGCACUGAGGGCAGCACUGGGGCUGAUGUGAUGGGGUGGUGUUGGCACUUUCUUGGUCGUGUCUAUGCUGAGGGCUGCAGGGGGGAAGGUUUCCUGCCCAGGGAGGUCCCCUCAACCUCAAAGCGAGGAUGAAAAAGGCACGAGGAGAUGCUUUCUGGUUUGAAAGGAGUCACUGCAACUGUCAGGGAUAUGGGAGUGCUGCUGCUCACUGUGCAGGGGGUGGCAGAAACAUUCACCCAAACCAACACCAAUAAAAUGAGCACCGUCCUCAAGGGAAA